AUGGAGUCGUUUCCAGAUGAGACGACUUUCCUAAUUCCUCGUCCUACAAGUCCUCCACGAAAACCUCCUACCCUACAUGACGAUCGAUCCAAAUGGCUCGCAGAGACCUUGUUCCUCGUCAAAGCCUCUAUUCCAAUUAUCCUUGCCUAUAUGCUUCAAAACAGUCUACAAACCGUCUCGAUCCUCGUCGUCGGUCGCCUUUCACCUGAAGCGUUGGCCACUGCUGCCUUCUCUUACAUGUUUGCGAUGGCAACGGCCUGGCUCAUCGCCCUCGGCGGAACCACCGCUCUCGAUACGCUCGCUUCGAGUAGUUAUACAAGAUCAAAGGACAAGGGAAGCCUAGGCAUCCUGCUCCAGAGGGGACUCUUUGUCUUGACAGCCUUCUACGCAGUAGUUGCUGUCAUUUGGUGCUUCUCUGGAAGCCUGUUCCGCGCACUCGGCCAAAAAGAGUUCAUCUGUGUCCAAAGCCCCAAGUUUCUUCAACUCUUGAUCCCUGGAGGGCUUGGGUAUGUCUGGUUCGAGGCGAUGAAAAAGUUCUUGCAGGCGCAAGGGAUAUAUCGCCCAGGCACCUAUGCUCUCCUCGUCACUUCUCCCCUCAAUGCACUGCUCAACUAUCUCUUCAUCUACCCUCUUGGCUUUGGCCUAUAUGGUGCACCUCUGGCAACAGGCAUAUCCUACUGGCUCUCCUUCUUUAUUUUGGUUGCUUACACAGCUUUUGUUAAAGGAAGCGAGUGCUGGAGUGGGUUUGACCCUGGCCGAGCACUCACAAACCUCAGACCCUUUGCCAAACUUGCCUUCCUAGGUGUUAUCCAUGUUGGCACAGAGUGGUGGGCUUUUGAGAUUGUGGCUCUGGCUGCAGGCCGCCUUGGCACCAUUCCUCUCGCUGCGCAGUCGGUUGUCAUGACCGCAGACCAGAUCAUCAACACCAUUCCAUUUGGACUGGGAGUAGCAGAGUCAACUCGUCUCGGCAACUUGCUGGGGCUUGGAGAUGCUGUGCACGCCCGACGCUCAGCACACGCUGCAGCUAUACUGUCCAUGAUCUUUGGUGCCUUGGUUCUCACUGCUCUCAUGGCAUGCAGAAAUAGCAUUGGCCGCCUAUUCAAUGACAACGAGCGCGUCAUUGACCUCGUCGCUCAUAUCAUGCCCUACGUAGCAUUAUUUCAGAUCGCGGACGGCUUGAACGGAAGUUGUGGCGGAGCUCUCAGAGGCAUGGGGCGACAAUGGGUUGGGGCCCUCGUCAACUGCAUCAGCUACUACGGCGGUGCGUUGCCAGCAGGAAUCUAUCUUGCUUUCCAUGGAUGGGGACUCUCUGGUUUGUGGAUUGGGCAAUGCGUAGCACUAUUUCUCGUCGGUAUUCUAGAGUGGAUGAUCAUUGGUGUAAGCAACUGGGAUGCCGAGGUUCAGAAGGCAUCAGAUAGGUUAGAAGGUGAUGAUAUGGCGGACGAUUCUACUGAUGAAGGCGUGUAA